AUGGCGUCCAAGCAGAUGCUUGUCGCCGUGUUCGCCGUGGCCUUUCUCCCGGUGCUCGCCAUUGCCACGGAGCACUUGGUCGGCGACGACAAGGGCUGGACCCUCAACUUCAACUACACGGCCUGGGCCGAGACCAAGCAGUUCGUCGUCGGCGACACGCUAGUGUUCAAGUACGGGAGCCCCGCCCACAAUCUGGUGGAGGUGGGCGGUCCAGACUUCGUCGCGUGCACCCAGACGGCCGGCGCCAUCGUCAGGACCUCCGGCGAGGACCGUCUCGCGCUCGACACGGCUGGACGCCGGUGGUUCUUCUGCGGCGUCGGCCCGCACUGCAAGAGCGGCAUGAAGCUCAAGAUCACCGUCCUCGACACCGCCGCCCCGACUCCCCAGCCUGCCCCGACCAACCCUGCUGGCAAGCUGCAGGCGCGCUUUGGUGGCAUGGCGGCCGCGGUCACCGCGCUCGCUGCGGCCAUUCUCGUGCUCUAG